AUGCCAGUACAAGAGUACACCAAAUCUACAUUACCGUGCUCGAUAUUGAAUAUCAAGCCCUCAGUUGCUACAGAAAACGAGGAUGCUCCUCUAUUAGUGUGGAUCCCCGGUAAUCCUGGACUUUUAUACUACUAUCAGGAGAUGUUACAGCAUCUACAUUCAAAGCAUCCUGAUUGGGAAAUCCUUGGUGUAUCUCAUGCGGGAAUGACCCUAAAUGCCCAUUCUAACACACCGAUAUUUUCUUUGCAAGAUCAAGUAGAUCAUCAAGUUGAAGUAAUCAACAACUUUUCACACGAAAACAGAAAAAUUAUCAUCAUGGGACAUUCGGUGGGUGCCUACAUCUUACAAAAAGUGUGCCUUUCUGAUAAAUUAGUCGGGUCUGUAAGAAAGAUCGGUCUGAUCACACCCACUGUGAUGGACAUACACACCUCAGAAAUGGGUGUUAAAAUGACAGCGGUACUCCACUAUAUCCCCCCAUUGGCCCAUGUUGUAUCAUUGCUCAGUUAUGUUUUCUUUUAUUGGAUUUUAUCCGAAGGACUUUCAAGAUUUGUUAUUGACAAAUUCAUGGGCUGUGGAAGCACCGGUUAUCAGGCUGUGUUGUCCACAAGAAUUUUGCUGACUCAUAAACAGUUCGUCCGUCAAUCUCUGGGGCUAGCUUCUCAGGAAAUGAAGGAGAUAACUACUAAUUGGGAAUUUCAAGAUGAAUUCAUCAAUUAUUGUCAAGAGAACGAAAUUUUCAUUUGGUUUCUGUUCAGUACAAAAGACCACUGGGUUGCUGACAAAACAAGAACGCAUUUAUCACAUUAUUAUAAGGAUAAAAUCAAGCAAGAACGAUUAAAAAUUGAUGUCACCGAUAAGAUACCACAUUCCUUCGUGGUGAAGCACGCAGAAUAUGCCGUUAACACUUUCUUUUAA